AUGAAGUUUGUCUCAGCAGUUCUCUUUUCUGCUGCUGCUGCUGUGGCCUUGGGUGCCCCAAACCACUCUAUCAAGGGAUCUCAGCUUCAGUCCAAUGCCUCAGGGCCCGGCUGUGGCGAGGACUCAAACCGGCUGCUCCAAACGGCCCCCACGAAGUAUGUUUCAGUCAACGGCACGAAGAUGGCAUACCGGCGCCUCGGAAAGCGCGCAUCGGCGCCUCCGCUCCUUUUCAUUACCCACUUCCGUGGCAGCAUGGAUGUGCUCGACCCCGAGCUCAUUAACGCUAUCGCGAAGAACCGCGAGGUGAUCAUCUACGACAACACCGGUGUCGGCCACAGCGAGGGAACCGUCCCCGAUUCGAUUGAGGCCAUGGCCCAGUCGACUCUAAACCUCCUUGCCGAGAUCAACGUUCCCAAAGUCGAUAUUCUUGGCUUCUCCAUGGGCGGCAUGGUUGCACAGUACAUUGGCAUGGAGCACCACGACAUGGCAAAUAAGCUUAUCUUCGCGGGCAUUCGACCGGGGUACGGACCUGGUGUUGUCCAGACCCCGCCAGACGCUGCCUCUGGCCCCGGCGGUGAGCCUGACAGACAGCCCACUGAGGUGUAUAAUCUCGGCAUCUUCUUCUACCCAUCAGAAACCAGCAGAACUGCCGGGGACGACUGGUGGCACAGAAUCUAUGAGCGCCAGAUUGCGGGCGAAGAGAGAAAGGACUUCCUAGUCGGACAAGGGGUUGCGGCGCAGCUUACUGCCAUCACGGCCUUUGCCUCAGACCCCCAGAUGUACGCCCGUCUUGCCAACAUCACUGCGCCGGUACUGGUAACCAGUGGGCAUGACGACCUCUUGAUGGGAACGGCCAACAGCUUUGUUCUGCAGCAGAACUUACCUGACGCGCGUCUACAUAUUUAUCCCGACUCCGCCCACGGCCACCUGUUCCAGUUCCCACUGGCCUACGCCAGGGAGCUCGAGCUCUUCCUUAGGGAGUAA